CAACCUGCCUGUAAUGUCCGACGGAGAAAAAAGUUGCCUAUCUUUCGGAAAUUCCAUUUAAGCUCCUUUAAGUGCAAGAGGAAAGAAUUCCCACACCCGUAUUGGCACACUAUCAUCAUGUCAGGGCAGAGGAAGCUCCAACACACAAAACAAGACACACAUGAAAAACCACCCGUAAUACAGUCGAUUGGAACCUCUUCAACGCAUCAAGCAACUGUUACUACAUUGAAACCGGCACCGGUACCUGCUUUAACAAGUGAGAUCAAAUGGUCGAGUGUUGUGACAGCUGCCAAGAAAAAGGACGCUUCUCCUCCUCUACAAAAUUCUAUAAACACGAAUGCCUUGAACGCAGCAAGUGUUUUGGAAGCAUUAAAGAAACAAAAGCCAAAAGACUCUACUCCCGCUGCUUCGGCAAAUGGAUUCGCAACUCUUCACACGUCUGCUUCCGCUUCUAUUGUGGAUACCAACCAUGAGAAUGGAAUAGAUAUUAAUGGACAAGCAUCAACAACGACAGUGACGAUAAUUCCUCCACAAGAUGCAGUAAGCAGACUAUCGGAUCAAUCGCCUUCUUCACCUGGCAGCAACGUGGAGACGGAAAAAACUGAAAAUAUCCCAGAGUCAAACAUAACGUCAGCGUCGAAGAUAAGUAUAAGCUCAGAUCCUGCUUUGAAUUCAACCUUAGAUUCAAGUACAGGUUCCAAUGUUGAAUCACCAUUCCCACAGGUAAGUUCCCCGUCAGUAGCAUUACCUAGAGGUUUCACCAAAUCACAAUCCCUUGCCGCAGCUACUGACGGCUUUCGCUUUUUACCGCCUGGUAUCCAAUCUUUCAUUCUAUCCAUUUCUUCAAGUAAAGAUAUUGCAAAUAGUACCUAUAGUCCAUUUCAAUCGAUCAAUCAUACUCCAAACAGGACUUAUCCAACUGGACUGAAGGCUAUCCAUUUGGCAGAAUCCUGGAGCAAGAUCAAAACAUCCAAAAAUCUAUUAUCGACCAUUUCAGCCCUUGAUCACGACUCUCUAUUUUUUGGUUACUAUUAUGGUAAAUCCAGCGAAGAAAGAAACAGUGCUUUGGAGGUACUAACCCAAAAGGGUUGGAAACAGCAAAUAUCAGGAGCUGAUUGGUAUUUACCAAGGUCAAUCGUCUCGAAGGGUGACGAUUGGAAUAUCGGUGAUUAUGCUGUUUUUAAUGUCGAUAAAUGGAGUGUUUCUGAGCGCAGGAAUGUUAGAAUAGAGAACAGUGAUCUUAUAUGAUAGGUAAACUUUCUCCCUUUCUCCUGUACUCGACUAAUUUUCACUUUGAAGUCCAAAUAUGUGACUUGAUUAUAUAUCCUGUAUGAUCUAGUUGCUUGUGAGUUUAUCACACUUUGGUAUAGUUUUGGUUUUUUGUUCUCAUUUUUACGUUCACGUUUCUACUGAAAU